UAUUGGACUAGUAAGACGGAGGAUUAGUAAGCGUGCUUGUGGCGACUUGAUUGUCCGUUCCAAGCUGGGGAACACUUGUGUCGUGUGCGGCGUGGUGUCUGGGGAGCAGGGAAGCCUUAUCAGUAUAGACCGCCGGAGUCCAUUCAACAUGUCACGGCAGAGCUUAGUCAAGAGUGAGUCUGCAGGCGCCGAGGAGAUGCUGUCCCUCAUCCGCCAGUCCCUCAAGACAUGCAAGGUUCCCGGGGAGACUAACUUCGAGGCCACAGCUCCCCAUGUGUUCGUGACCCUGGGGGCGUCCGGUGACCUUGCCAAGAAGAAGAUAUACCCCACUCUCUGGGGGCUAUACCGAGAUAGGCUGGUCCCUGAAAACACCAUCUUCGUCGGCUAUGCAAGAUCUGACCUUACCAUUGAGCAAGUCCGGGAGAAGUGUGAGGGCUUUAUGAAGGUCAAGGAGGGGGAGGAGGAGCGCUAUGAGCAGUUCUGGAAGGUCAAUUACUAUGUCCAAGGCUCCUAUGACACCCGGAGGGACUUUGAGCUCCUGAACCAAGAGAUCACGAAGGUUGGAACGGAAAAAGCCAAUAGGAUUUUCUACCUGGCUCUCCCUCCUUCGGUCUUUGAGGUGGUCACGGCGAAUUUAAAACAAUGCUGUAUGGCCCGGAUAGGAUGGACCAGGGUCAUCAUUGAGAAGCCAUUCGGGAAGGACUCCGCAUCCUCCGCCAAGCUGUCCAGCCACCUCGCAGGACUCUUCAAGGAGGAGGAGAUUUACAGGAUCGAUCAUUACCUCGGCAAGGAGAUGGUGCAGAACUUGAUGACAUUGAGGUUCGGCAACAGGAUCUUCGGGCCCACCUGGAAUCGGGACAACAUCGCGUCCGUCCUGAUCUCUUUCAAGGAGCCGUUCGGAACACAGGGUCGCGGCGGCUACUUCGACAGCUUCGGCAUCAUCAGGGACGUCAUGCAGAACCACCUCCUGCAGAUCCUGUGUCUCUUCGCCAUGGAAAAGCCGUGCUCCACCGCGGCCGACGACAUACGAGACGAGAAGGUCAAAGUGCUGAAAUCCAUGGACGUGGUAGGGAUGGAGGACGUGGUGUUAGGUCAGUACAUGGGCAAUCCAGACGGUGAAGGGGACGCUAAUCUGGGCUACCUCGAUGACCCAACCGUGCCAGAGGGGUCCACCACGCCCACGUACGCCCUCGCUGUUACCAGAAUCAAUAACGAGAGAUGGGAUGGUGUGCCCUUCAUCCUGCGCUGUGGCAAGGCGCUGAACGAGAGGAAGGCCGAGGUGCGCAUUCAGUACCGUGACGUGCCUGGCGAUAUCUUCCACGGACAGACGAAGAGGAACGAACUGGUGAUCCGCGUCCAGCCCGGCGAGGCCAUCUACUGCAAGAGAGAGAGAGAGACCCCAGGAAUGUCGUUCGGGCUUGAGGAGACGGAGCUUGACCUGACCUACGGGGAUCGCUAUCGGGGGGCCAAGCUUCCUGACGCUUACGAGAGACUCAUCCUAGACGUGUUCUGCGGCUCUCAGAUGCACUUCGUCAGGAGCGACGAGCUUGCCGAGGCGUGGCGAAUCUUCACUCCGCUCCUUCAUCACAUCGAGCAGAAGAAACCGAUGCCAAUCCCUUACACGUACGGCUCCCGCGGCCCACGGGAGGCGGACAAGAAAUUGGCGGAUAACAACUUUGUCUACUACGGCUCUUACAAGUGGACCAAGCCAAGCCAGCUGUAGAGAGAGGGAGAGAAGGGGGUGCGAGAGGGGUGUGUCGAUGUCUAUACUGUGGCUUGUACGAGUUUAGGACAGGGCUGUGUGUCUGUCUAAUAUGUGAAUGGUUUUGUCUAUGGCAUCUACAAGUGGACCAAACCAAGCCAGCUGUAGAGAGAGAGAGAAGGGACAUGU